AGUCUAGCUCGUGUGUCAUAAGGUGGUGAUUCGCCUGAAAAAUAUGAAGUGAGGAUACUGAGGAUGGGAUAAAUCACUAAAAUUAUUGUAAUACUAAAAAAAAUAUAUUUAUAAGACUUGAAAAUUAAAUUUAUCAUAUAUGUCUAUCCAAUAAUAAUUUAAACCAUGACUUUUUCAAUUUAUCUUCUUCAAUGUGUUGCGUUUGUGGAUCUCCUAGCAGUGAGCUUGAUAGUGCCACUGAUUGCCAGCCAUGUGAGGACCUUGGGUGCCGACCAUGUGUAUGUGGGGCUCAUGGGCUCCAUAUACUCUGGGUUUCAAUUGGCUUCAGGACCGCUUCUUGGCAGCCUAAGCGACCUUAAGGGGCGUAAAGUUAUACUAACUGUUACAUUAUUAAUAUGUGGUCUGGCCUAUGCCAUUAUGGGUAUUACUAGUUCACUAGUUGUUAUACUAAUUGUACGAGCUAUUUUAGGCCUAUUUAAGCAGACACAAGUAUUAGCAAAAGCAUUAGUACCAGACUAUGAGCGGAGUGAAAAGAAACAGUCAGAAAUAUAUGGCAAAAUGGCAGCCAUAUCAGGAGUUGGUAUGACUAUAGGCCCAAUAAUUGGAGGCCAUAUGGCGGAAGAUCACCCAGAAGAAGCAUUUAAAUUGAUUGCAACAUUAGUUGGGAUCUGUUUUAUUGCCAAUGCAGGUUUGGUGUGCUUAUUACCAAAAUCAAUAUCAGAUUCACAGAAGGCGAAAAAACCAGUACAGAAACAAGUUUCAUCAAAAGGCAUUGUACAUAUAAUAGUUAGUAGUUGUAAAGAGUCAGUUUUAGAGUUGUAUAAAAUAGAAUGGUCCAAGUACGGAACUAUAUUUUUUUUUAAAGGUUUGCUUGGUUUUGCUAUGUCAUUGUACUAUUCAAAUUAUGUUUUGUAUUUAAAAACAACUUAUGAAUUAACUCCAAGGUAUAUUGGGUAUAUUAUAUCAUUCCAGGGUAUAAUAGGUUCUAUUUGUAGUUUUUAUAUGGGAUAUAUAAAUAGCUUCUAUACAAAAGACAAAGAUUAUAGUGUUAGAAACUUCCAUGUAUUUUUGGUUUUAUCUUUGUCAAUAUUAGGAUUGAUUGUUUCAUUUAAUAUUUAUAUGUAUGCUUUCUUUUUGAUUCCUCUUGCAAUAGGUAAUGCUGUUGGUAGGUUAGUAACUUUGGAAAUGAUAUUAAAAAGAAGUCAUAAUACACACAGGGCUACAUUAAUUGGAGCUUCCAACAGUGUUCGGUCUAUAUCUGGUGUAGUUGCUCCAAUGGCAGCAGGUUUAAUAGGACAGUAUUACAGUGUACAACAUGUUGUUUAUGUAACAUUAUUUGUGACAUUUUUAGGUACUCUUGCAAGUUAUAGGCACAAAAACAAAAGAGUAAAACAAGACUGAAGUUUUAAUAAAUCAUUUGUUAUAUUUA